AUGGAGCCGGACGUGAUCCGCAUGUACUCCUCCUCCCCACCCCCAAUGGAGGACGGAGCUGAGGAAGAGGACGACGAGUUUGGGGACUUUGGGGGCUUCUCUGGAGUUCCGACCAGCGCCAGCUUCACUGAGUUUGACACCCCAGCGACCUUCAACCAGACCCCAUCCUUGGCCGCCACCUCACCACCCGAACUCCUCAACAAUGGAGGGGUGGUUGGGUUGUCAAACCUCAGCUCAGGUCCCGUGGGAAGGGGUCCCGUGGUCGAGCGCUCCAACUCCAAGUCAAAUGGUGUCGUGCCGGGUGGCUACCAGUACGACAGUCCUUCGGAGAGAACUGUGAAUGUGGAGGAGUUGAAAAAGCUUGCCGACCACACUCGAGACAAUAAUCAUUCUACCUCCCUGGACAUAUCUGGGAGGGGUCAGACUGACCACAUAGACAAGCCCGUUGAUUGCAACGGUGGGGUCGCGGAGGUUCUGACCAACGGCUUUGCUACUUUUGAAAUCGAGGGAAGCCCAUCUUCGCAGAAUUCGAUCCACUCUAAAAAGAAAGGAACCACCACAGAGUGUGCAGACUACUGCCCUCCCAGCAGCCCCGAGGACGACUUUGCAGAUUUUUCAGCUUUUUCUAACGCAGAUGUUCAAGGACACUCCAGCGAGGUGACAAACCGCACGAGCGAGAACAAUCCCAACCGGGACGAACGGCUGGCAGAGGACACCUGCCAGCAACAGAGGCAGCAGGAACACUCUAAUGUAGAGCAGGGAAUCAGCUCAGAGGACAACGUCAGGGACACUCACAUUACAACUGGAUCCAACGACAUCGCUGGCUCUGAUUCUCUAUCGCACCCUGCUGAGGCUCGAGACACUGACGAAGGCUUGAGCAACGGGGGCGGGGGCUUUCAUAGAGACACUGCUAACUCUGAACAAAGGAACGUAGACCCGGACUUUGCACACGAGCACUCUGCUCCUGAGGUGGUUAUUAGUGAGGAUUCUGCCCCAGAGGAGGUUUGUAGUGAGGACUCUGUCCCCAAGGUAGUUUGUAUUGAGGACUCUACCCAAGAGGUGGUUUGUGGCGAGGACUCUGCCUCCAAGGCACUUUAUGUUGACGAACCGGUCACCCAAAACGGUGUGGAUUUGGAGCAGUCGGAAGAGGAGGGGGCAGAAGAAGAGGCAGGUGUCAGUGAAAACAGGGUUUUGCCCUAUACAGACGAUGAAGAUGGGAAUGGUGAGCAAGCAGACGAGAAGCCGGGGUCCGGAAACGAAACAGAAACAGAGACUGAAACGUCUUUCGGUCGACCGCUGUCCACGGACGCCCUUGAGGAGUACGGCGACAUCAGCACGACGGGCUCGGUGCCCUCGCCGCCGCUCCAAGAGGAGACGGCCACGCCUGCUGACCACAGCCAACUGCCGGAGGACGACGAUGGUGAAGACUUUGGUGACUUUGGAGACUUCGGGGACGUGGCCUCUUUUAGCGGACAGGGCUUUGCUGACUUUGACCAGCCAGAGUUGCAACUAGAGGAACUCACACAGGAACUAGUGGACGACGACAAAGACUUUGGCGAUUUCGACGCCCCCAACAGCCACAUUGUUGGUGGGAAGGCAAUUGAGGACGAAGAUGGGGGGAAGUUUGCCGAUUUUCCCGGCAGCGACAGUUUUGCAGACUUUAGCUCAGCUCCAGUUGGUGCCGACCCUGAUGCAGAUGCUGGUUGGAAUGCCUUUGAUGAGCCUGAACAGGGUCAAGGGGAGGGCGAUUCCUGGGCUGCAUUUGGAGAGGAGCCGACCACCGCUGCUCCUUUGGAAACGGGUGAAGACGACUGGCAGGAGAGUGAACCUGUAGCAGCCCCUCCACCCAGCAGCCAUCAGAUCAGUAGGAGAGACAGUCAACCGGUACGUUUUUCUGUGCAAGUUUGACCACUCAGGGUUUGAACUCGGUUCUCCUGCGCACCACAAUCACAUAUUACGCUUCUGAGCUAAAGGCUCAGGGAGCCAAUACAAGUUGUCAAGUCUCAGGCAAGAUAACUCAUCACGUGAGUGUUUCUGAACCACCUCUGUAGCGUUCAGAAAUGUAGCAUACUUGACAGGAAGGUAGUGGUGUUUAAAAACCCCUCUUACACUAAUCAAAGGUUCCCUAUUGAAUGUUGUUAUAAUGCACUAUCCAGGAAAAGUAUGCUCAAUGACACUUUUAGGGGAAUUCUGACGCUCUCAUGACGUUUAUCACUAGAGUAGUAGAGAGCCGUACACCUGCCCUGCCUUAGGAAUGUGACCAGGCAGGGAAUUCCACCUUUUCAAGGACAUACCAUUUAGCAAUGCCCUUUCUUGUCCUUGCUAUUGGAGUCAGGCACUACAACUAAUUGAGGAUUUGAAAUGUGUUGAUUUAAUCACGUCGGUCAUUGUUGAACAGGAUAGAAUACAGCUUUAUUGUCCAUCGAGACAGAAAUGUAUAUUUGAGCUGUCUGUCUAUUGUAUUGUGCAUCCCCUGUACAGCAAUGCAGGCUAACUGCCAGCUGCCACACGUGACAACAGAAGAUUUAUUCAACCCGUAUCUUAUUCAACAAUGUUGGUCGUUAUCAUGUGUUUGUUAUACCAGGCGGCGCUGUGCAGUCGGCUGGAGAAGCUCUUUCAGGAAAUGUUCCCCGACGCACCUGCCCCGCAAGUGGGGGAGGAGGUGGUCCCCCUCAAAACCCUGCUGGAGCCUCCUGUGAGGUUACAGCAGGAAGUGCGUGAAAUGAAGAGCAGUGUGCCAGACAAUGGGUGAGAGAAAUGUGCCCCUUUUAAUUAGGGCUGGGACGAUACUAGGAUUGCAAUAUUUCUUCCAUGGCAAAAAUGAAAACACGAAGCAAAUCAAACUCUUUGAUCCUUAAAAACCUGCUGUAUGUAAAAUAUUGUGUGCUAUAGCUUGGAAAAUAAAUAAAUGUGACUCUGGAUGACAACAUAAUGACGUUUGUUUCCAACAUUAGGGCUGUUUUCCUAAAGAAGUUAAAACGCUUCGUGUUUUGUUUCCUUGCCACGAUGCUAACGAGUAUUGCGAUGCUAGUAUCGUCCAGACCCUACUUUUAAUCUCCUUACUAUAAAGUUAGGCUAAUAUCCUAUAACUACACACAAUCUCAUCAAUACACAGAAAGACUCACCAGGUGUCAACACAUUUUUGGUCUGCUUAAUCUUUUUUUAUACAACAAAAAUAUACUGUUACUGUGUCUGUAUACUACGUCAAGAAUUUUUGCGUACUACUAUGACGUUUUUUUUAAAACGUUCUUGCUUUGUCAUCGUUGUCCGUUGCUACAGGGUCGUGGGGGACGUGUUGUGGAGGCAACUGCUGGACAUCCACGAGGCGUUUGGCCUGCGGCACCAGUGGGGCGGCUCGCACAGCAACAAGACACUACUCUGCUCCCUGGGCAUCGACAUUAGAAACAUUGUGAGUUCUGUAGCUGGGUCACCAGUCAUCACAUUGUCUGUGUCCCAAAUGGCACCCUAUUCCCUAUAUAGUGCCCAUAGGGCUCUGGUCAGCAGUAGUGCACACUAUAGGGAAUAGGGUGCCAUUUGGAACAUGCCAUUCUCCCCCUUUCUGUGACCUUGUCCUUUUUUUUAUUAAAGGCUCUGUGAAAGAAACACUAACCGUGAUUGUAUUUCAGAUGAAUUGCGAGAAUGUUUUGACUUCUCGUCUGUCUAAUGGAAUAAGGCUGUUUAUAAGACUAUUUUUAGCAGAGAGAGGAGGAAUGAUUGUGAAAUGUGUUCUGUGUUUCCCCACAGCUGUUCACAGGUCAGAAGAAGCAGCCAGUGAUAGUUCCCAUGUAUGCUGCCAGCCUGGUGAGUUAACUAUAGGCUGCAAGGAUGUAUUGAUCUCUCCCUAGUUCAAGAUUAGGCCUUCAAACCACCCACUCGCUCCCUCAAUUGUUUUACCCCUCUCAAAGAAAUGGACCAAGAGACAAAUGAACUCAAGGGUUAUAACAUUUAAAAAAAUUGGGUGACAUUUUUGUCAACUGGUUGCAAAAAAAAUGUCACUGACACAUACAGUACCAGUCAAAAGUUUGGACACACCUACUCAUUCCAGGGUUUUUAUUUCUUUUUUACUAUUUUCUACAUUGUAGAAUAAUAGUGAAGACAUCAAAACUAUGAAAUAACACAUGGAAUCAUGUAGUAACCAAAAAAGUGUUAAACAAAUCAAAAUAUAUUUUAUAUGAGGUUCUUCAAAGUAGCCACCCUUUGCCUUGAUGACAGCUUUGCACACUCUUGGCAUUCUCUCAACCAGCUUCACCUGGAAUUAUUUUCCAACAGUCUUGAAGGAGUUCCCACAUAUGCUGAGCACUUGUUGGCUGCUUUUCCUUCACUCUGCAGCAGUGGCGGCUGGUGAAAAAUAUUCUCGGUGGGGCUGUGCCAUACUUUUUUUUUCCUGUAACCAUCGCGAUAUAUUUUAACACAAACUGCAGGACAGCAGUGCUCAGUGAAACAUUCAGUAAUUAUUUAAUGCCAAUAUUAAAAAGUUGAGGCAUUCUUACACAAAAACAUAUUACACAAACCCAAGCCUUUCAUUUGCAUUUAAAGUGAACUUUUCACCAUUGGUAGUAAACAGGCAACGCAACAGGCAUGCUGUCAGAACAGAGUGGAAAGUGGACAAUAACAUGAAAUUAUUAUAAAGUUUAUAGGAAAUCUUACACUGUAUAAAAGGAUGUAUAAUAUAGAAAUGGAUAUCAAGUGGAUGAACUCAAACCUUUGACUGGAAGAAUAGCAUACAGUAUUUUAUGAUCAUACUAAAUGUGACUAAUUGUUAAUGUGCUCCAGAACUGCAACAAUUAAUUGAUACAAAACAACAUAUAUACAGUAAUAUUAGCAAAGACACUAUUAAGACUUUCUAGAGUACCAUAUAUAACUGGAUUUUUUAUGCUAAGGUCAACUAUAUACAAAGAAACAUGCGGCCAGAGCUGCUCUGUGUGUGUGUGUCUGUCAUCUUAUUUGUACAGGAAUUUUGCCCGUCUGUCCUUCUGAGUGGCAAACCUCUCAAUGACCCUUUGAUUAAAGUCAGGAAUGUCCCUGACAAGUUUCUUCUCCAUGGAGAGCAUGGCCAGAGCGUUCAGGCGAUCCUGUGUCAUGCUGUUUCUCAGGAAGGUCUUGAUCCUUUUCAGUGUAGAGAAGCACCUUUCUGACUCAGCAGUUGUCAUGGGUGUGGUGAUGAGGAUCUUGAGGAGGCUGGCAGUCUCUGUGAAAGUGCUCUGAAGGUUGUUCUCCAUGAAGAACUGGUACAGGGGCACUGCACCACUACAAGCCUUGAACUCACUGUUCUCAUAGAUGAGGGACAGUUCGGUUUUGAGCUUGGCCUUGUUCAACAUGGGGUACGCCUCCACGGUUGUUUCAAGCGCUGUAUCGGGGAACUUCACACUGUGUUGUGGGAACAACUCUCCGUGCAAUAGUGUUGCGCUGAUGAGGUGCUGGGUGAAGGAGAACCUCUCUUUGGCAUGACUCAGGAUGGUAUCACAUACCUGUAAAAGAUACAUCAUCAGCUUUAAUUUGCAAUUAAGCUAUUUUGAUGCAAGUGAUCCUGACUGACACAUGCCUAUGUCCAACUCAAGUAUAUGAUUACCAAGGUGCUGAUUGUUCAGGGUUUUGGCUACAUACUACCAGGCCUGAAAAAAGUUCUAGGGGGAAACACUGACAAUUACAUCACAACUUACCUCUAUAGCCAACCUCUGUUGUUCUCCUGGUCCCAGCAUCCUCCGUCGCUUGAUGGGCUGUUGCUGCUCGUCAGAUGCGCUGUCCCCACACAAAGAGGGAAUUGAGGCCCUGGGUCCAAAAAAUAAAGUUUAAUUUGAUAACUUGCAAUCAGACUUCUUAACUCACUGUAAUUCCCCCUCAACACACAACCAGUGACUUUUAUAUAUAUAUAUAUAUAUAUAUAUAUAUAUAUAUACAGACAGACAGACAGACAGACAGAUAGUGUGUAUAUACACACAAACUAUGUCUAGUAACUGCUUUUAACCUGUGAUGUACAUAAUUAACUGAUGUUAUUACGUUUUAAAGCCUUUUUCUAUUACAUUUGUGAGAGGGAUGCAACAUCAUUUUGUUCUGCUGUGCACUUAGCAAUAAAGUUAAUCUUCAAUAACAACUAGGCCUCUUCUAGAAAUUGACCUGGUGGACACCUGAAUAAUUAUUACAAACUGUGUAGUACUUUCCUGCAUUAUUAUCAACGUCUGAUUGUGUCUUCUCUUUCCUUUUAAAAUACUAAAACAAAUAUAAUUGUGACGGCUCUAUGAUAAUCACUCACUUUGAUGACCAGACACAUUUAGGCUUUUAAACUGUUGUAAGUGAACUAUUCAUCUUUCUAACAACAUCUUUAUCAGCCAAUAGUAAAUAUAGUUAUUUACCUGAUUGUUAGCAUGCUGUCUGUGAACCUCUGGACAAGUGCUUUAAUGAAGACAGGGUUGAUGUUCCUCUUCUGCAGCUGGCUGAAAAGCAUGUCCACAUUUGGCAUGAUCUUGUGGAACAGUGCCAGGAAAAAACAGAAAGCCUCGUCUUCGAGCAUCCUCACAAAGCCCCCCGCCUCUCUGACAGUCGGGGCAUCAAAGUUCCCAGAGUCUCUGAUGGUCUGGAAACACGUUAGGAGGUCAUCCCUGUACUCGUACACAGUGUUUACAGCGCGACUGUGGAAGUUCCACUGUGUUGUAGAGGCUCUGGGGAGUCUAUGCGCAACCACUUCGUCAAGCACGGUGGUUCGCUUGGGAGACCUGGAGAAGAAAGCAGAAAAUCCUGCAAGGUCGGAAAAGAAAGUGCCGAUCCUGGGGAUGCGUGAAGUAGCCUGCUGCAUGAUGAGGUUCAGCUGAUGUGCAUAGCAGUGGACGUAGUGCGCAUUUUCGUACACAUCCACUAUUUUACGCUGCACUCCGCCGGUGGCUCCCCUCAUCACACUUGCUCCGUCGUAAGCCUGGGCAAUAAGUUUGGCCUUUUGUCCAUGUGAGAGUAUGGUGCUGAGCCUCUCCAGCAGCGCUGUAGCGAUGGUGUCGGCGGUUGCGUUCUCGAUCAAAAUGAACUCGAAAAAAACGCUCUUGGACGUUACUUUUAGCAUCGAUGUAGCGUAUCACAAGCACCAACUGGCAGUGGGUGGAAACGUCAGUCGUCUCGUCAGCUUGAAUGGCGAUAAAAUCAGCACUCUUUACUUCCUCCAGGAUGUAAUCCUUAAGCACUGACAGCAUACAGUCCAACAGCUCGUUCUGUAUCGUCUUUGACGUGCCCUUAAAAACGGUAGCUGUCUUCAGGUGCUCCUCCAGCACACUGUCGAGGGAGGCAACAAAAUCCACUAAGCCCCGGAAAAUGCCGGGGUUGUCCGAGGAGUCAGUCUCCUCGUGCCCACGCAAGGCCAACUCAAAAGCCCCACAGAACUUCACACAAUCGAUAAUUUUGGAUAGAAUGUGCCUGUUUUUAUCCACCUCCUCAUUGUGUUUCCUCACCGCAAUCCUGUGGCCGUCAUCCAGCUGCGUAGCAAUGUUCACCCUUCCUAAUACAGCUAGCUUUACAGAGUUGUCCAUGUGUGCCCUGGUGUUCUCAUGUUUCUUUACCUUCUCUGACAGGUGCUUCAUAUCCCUCACUCCGGUACCUGUCCAUGCUGAAUCUGACCCCGUCGUUUUAAAAAGCAAGCACGGAAAGCAAAAUAAAGCAUUAGCAUCAGUGCACCCAGCUAGCCAAGCCUUCCUGGUGUACCAGCUACGGGAGAAGCCGCGCAUAUACUGCUUCCCUUUCUUGCUAGCCUGCUGUCUGAUUGAGAGGUCAGGUUGAUCUGGGCCCAGCUCUUUCACCCAAACUUUCUCUGACAAAGUUCUCCUCUCAAACGGAUCUUGGAGGAGAGAUUUCACCGAGUUAGGGUUGGGUCUUGGAGGAGUAACGUUUGCGCUCGCCAUUGUCGUCUAGUAAAAAUGGCGCCACUGGAGCCCGGUCCUUAUUUUAUCAGGGGCGAGCUUGGGGCGAUAAAAUAAUCGCCCUCCUUGGAUUCGAUUUAAGAUCGCUGAUUGGCUACAUUUUAUGUCAUACAUUCAUAUCUUAAAUUAGCAAUUGGCUUAACUGCUACGUAGACCCGCCUCCUCGGGGCACUUUCUGUAUCGCCCAGAGCUGACGAGGCGUUUGACAGGCAGAGGAAAGGUUGCGAAUAUGAUUUUCUAUCAUAUCUUACACAUAUUACUGUGUGCAUUCCAUAUUUCAAACACACAAAUAUUGACAUACUGAUGUUUUUAUUAUUAUUAUUAUUAUUUUUAUUUAUUUUUUAUUUUAUUUUUUAAAAUAAUUUUAUUUAAGGGGGCGGCGCCCUAGCGCCCUCUAUCGGCCAGCCGCCACUGCUCUGCAGUCCUACUCAUCCCAAACCAUCUGAAUUGGGUUGAGGUCGGGGGAUUGUUAAGGCCAGGUCAUCUGAUGCAGCACUCCAUCAUCACUCUCCUUCUUGGUAAAAUAGCCCUUACACAGCCUGGAGGUGUGUUGGGUCAUUGUCCUGUUGAAAAACAAAUGAUAGUCCAACUAAGCCCAAACCAGAUGGGAUGGCGUAUAACUGCAGAAUGCUGUGGUAGCCAUGCUGGUUAAGUGUGCCUUGAAUUCUAAAUAAAUCACAGACAGUGUCACCAGCAAAGCACCCCCACACCAUAACACCUUCUCCUCCAUGCUUUACGGUGGGAACCACACAUGCAGAGAUCAUCCGUUCACCUACACCGCGUCUCCCAAAGCCACUGCGGUUGGAACCAAAAAUCUCAAAUUUGGACUCCAGACCAGAGGACAAGUUCCACCGGUCUAAUGUCCAUUGCUCAUGUUUCUUGGCCCAAGCAAGUCUCUUCUUCUUAUUGGUGUCAUUUUUUGCAGCAAUUCGACCAUGAAGGCCUGAUUCACACAGUCUCCUCUGAACAGUUGAUGUUGAGAUGUGUCUGUUACUUGAACUCUGUGAAGCAUUUAUUUGGGCUGCAAUUUCUGAGGCUGGUAACUAAUGAACUUAUCCUCUGCAGCAGAGGUAACUCUGGGUCUUCCAUUCCUGUGGCAGUCCUCAUGAGAGCCAGUUUCAUCAUAGCGCUUGAUGUUUUUUGCGACUGCACUUGAAGAACCUUUCAAAGUUCUUGACAUUUUCCGUAUUGACUGACCUUCAUGUCUUAAAGUAAAGAUGAAUUGUUGUUUUCUCUUUGCUUAUUUGAGCUGUUCUUGACAUAAUAUGGACUUGGUCUUUUACCAAAUAGGGCUAUCCUCUGUAUACCCACCCUACCUUGUCACAGCACAACUGAUUGGCUCAAACACAUUAAGAAGGAAAGAAAUUCCACAAAUUAACUUUUAAGAAGGCACACCUGUUAAUUGAAAUGCAUUCCAGGUGACUACCUCAUGAAGCUGGUUGAGAGAAUGCCAAGAGUGUGCAAAGCUGUCAUCAAGGCUAUUUGAAUAUUUUGAUUUGUUUAAUACUAUUGGUUACUACAUGAUUCCAUAUGUGUUAUUUCAUAGUUUUGAUGUCUUCACUAUUAUUCUACAAUGUAAAAAUAAAGAAAAACCCUUGAAUGAGUAGGUGUGUCCAAACUGUUGACUGGUACUGUAUAUCCUACAAAUAUAUGGUUGCAACAUUCCGGGAACCUUCCCAAAAUUCCCAGGUUUUAACCAGAAUUUUUCAACUCUAUACACAUACCAGUAUUUAGUACGUUUAGGAUGUAACCCUGCCUCUUUGUUACCUAGGGCAUGCUGGAACCCACCAAAGAGCCAGUAAAACCCAUAUCAGCGGCAGAGAUGAUCGCGUCCAUAGCACAACAAGCACCUCCAGUGGCCCCAGCAGAGAUCAUAAGCACUAGUUCACCAGACACAUCCCAGGUUGGGACUCCUAAAUUGAAUCACUAUGGUCCUUUUGGGGCACAGUGUUUUGAAUUGUAUGUUUUUUCAGGCCUUUUAGAUUCAUUUCAGGCCUUUUUAGAUGCAUUUCUUCUCAUCAGUAGUCAUAUGAGUAUAUACCAGGGCUCUCCAACCCUGAUCCUGGAGAGCUACCAUCCUGUAGCUUUUCACUCCAACCCUACUCUAGCACACCUGAUUCUAAUAAUUAGCUGGUUGAUCAGCAGAACCAGGUUAGUUACAACUGGGGUUGGAGCGAAAAUCUAGAGGAGGGUUGCUCUCCAGGAACUGGUUUGGAGACCCCUGGAGGUAUAUACUGUAUUGCAGAGGAGGCUGGUGGGAGGAGCUAUAGUAGGAUGGGCGCAUUGUUGUGACUGGAAUGGAAUAAAUGGAGCCGUGUCAAACAUAUUGAAACCACAUGUUUGACUCUGUUCCAUUUAUUCCAUUCCAGCCAUUACAAUGAGCCCGUCCUCCUAUAGUUCCUCCCACCAGCCUCCACUGCUGUAUUGGCUGUAAGGCCAAUUGUCACAACUGUAUACAAUCAAUAGAGAGAGUGUGUUUAUAUAUAUAUGUGUUCUACGGUAAUUGGUCUAAUGUAGAACCUGAGGUGCUUUUCAAAUAAGUUGGCCAAAUGAUUUGGCUGAGAAUACUAAGGUUGAGGUCCUGCCCCACAAGAUGCGCAGGCAUUGCAUCAACCAAUGGUAUCGUGCCACGUCAUCAACUGUGCAGCCGGGCAUCAGAUGGCUCUGUCAUAUGGGUUACGUUCCCCUGCUCAGACGUUGCAUGCAUCAUCCAAUGGUUUUGUGCCACAUCUUCGACUGUGUCAUCGACUGACAGAUUGCUGUAACAUAUGAUGUUGCUUAGCUGAUACCUAAAAUACCUAUCUAGGCGUUGUAAUAUUUGGGCAGGCGUCAGCAACGCCUGGGCAGAGGAACGUGCCCAUGAAGUGGUAAGCUGAUAUGUUAAAUACCUAUCCAGGCGUUGUAAGAUAUGGCAUCGGUCUGCUAUGUAGUCUGGUAGGAACUCACCCUUAGACUGCUGAGUUGUUAUAAGGGUAGAAGCCAGUGGAGGCUGCUGAGGGGAGGACGGCUCAUAUUAAUGACUGGAACGGCACCAGUGGAAUGGCAUCAAACCAAGUGUUUGAUGUGUUUGAUACCAUUCCACUGAUUCCGCUCCAGCUAGUACCACGAGCCCGUCCUCCCCAAUUAAGGUGCCACCAACCUCCUGUGGUAGAAGCAGUCCAUUAGCAGGCUUCCUGACCACCUGCACCGGCGAAUCACCUGUUGACAAAGAUUGUUGCUUUUACUGAGUGUCUCCACCCUCUUCUGAGCCUGUUUGUUCCUCCUCACCAGGAAGUGCUCCCGCCCGUCCAGUUUGACUGGAGCAGCAGUGGCCUUACUAACCCCCUGGACGGUAGGUCCCUCCCCCAAACCACCUGCUGAGAUAUGAACCGUUGUCCCCAUUGGCUCUAUCCAGAGCUAAGCUAUUCUUUUUUUUCCACCACUCAAACUGUUUUGUCCAAACACACAAGCAGCCUAGUCCUGUUUUUGCCUGUUGUCUUCCAUUAACUUCCAUUGGACAACAUCAUCUGAUGUUUACUUCAUCAACCAUUGGUCAUUACAUGUUAUAGUUUUAGACAGAGUUUUUGUUGUAAGGACUAUAGUAUAAGAUUACAGAAAAUUCUUAUCCACAUGUUCCAAGAUUUUGUGUAUUUCAUUGCCAUGUUGGACCAUUUCUGAUUUCAGUUGUCAAAUCCAGAUGCAUAAACAUAUUUAUCUCAUCAAGUCUUUUCCUUAUGCCUUUGUUGUUAGCAACAAAUCCAAUUAUUUUGCAGUUUAGCUAAAAGAUCUGCACGGUUCAUGCUACAAAGCCAUGAUGGCCAUUCAUACUUCAAAAUGUCAACGCAGAUUUUUCAUUAACCUGUAGAUAGAAUCUCACAAUAUUUUCUCAUUAACACAGCUACGUCAGUUAGCUUGCCCUGGGUCAUGUUCAUUAGGCAUCAAACGGAAUAAAACAAGGGACUACCUGGACUUAAGAAACUCGUAAUUUUCCGUUGCAAAAUGUUUUCAAACGUUUCGUGCCUACUGAACACGACCCCUGUGCUCUUUCUUUGUAACUAAUAAUAAUGACCAGAUCAGCUGCAUGUCUUUAAGUGCGUCUCUUUCCUGACUUCUUCUCUGUGUUAUAACCCGCUGCCGCCUCGGUCUGCCUGUCCGCUAUGUUGAAUGUCAAGCGAGCGGAGGCUCGUCUCUGCUCAACCUCGAUUUCUUUGGGCCCGUGGAGGACUCUGGCUCUAGCAGCUCCACCUCCAUCCCAGGUCAGCACAGGAAACUCCAACCCCCUGACUGCCAGACGCUUUUUCAUACAUUUGUCUGAAUCCCAAAUGGACCGUUUGCCCCUACACCCUAUGCAGAGACCGUAGAGGAUUGGAUAGGGGUAAACGAUACAGUGAUCAUUCCACCUGUCUAAUCAGAAGGCAAGGUGGACCUACUACCAUAUAUGGCUUACACCCAUUGAAUCCUCUGAGAUCUUCACAAGGUGUAGAGGUCUAGGAGUCCAUUUGGGAUAAGGCCUUAUUCUUUCCCCGAUUCCUCGUGUCCUCUCACCUCUCUGUCAAAAUGCACUGGGGGAGGUCAGAGAGGAGGAAGCUUGGAUCUUCUCCUCCAAUGAGUGUUGGGAAAGAGGCCAGGACGGAGGGAUGACGCGAGGAAUCGAGGAAUGACGAUUGUGAAAGAGCCUCUGCCAUGCUCACAGUUUUCUCUUCUACUACUAUGUGUUUUAGAUAUCUUCUUGUCUUUGCUUAGAUACUAACCUCACUUAAUCAAGGUCUUCUUUUUUCUAUGUGUUAAUAAUACCAACUGAACCAAACCCUGAAUCAGAAUAUCUACCCAUAUUUGGGAAUUGGCUACACUUAAGUGUAAUAAAGUGUUCCACCUCCCUUGUUGUGAGUGGAAUAGUAGACUGUGUAUGUGUCUCGAAUAGCUCCCUAUUUGGGAUGCAUCCAAUAUAAUGUGUUUGUGUGGUUAGGUGUGGACCCGGAGCUCUAUGAGCUAACCACCGCUAAACUGGACCCCAGUGGCUCUGGGAGCCGUGUGGCUGACGCCUUCGCCCGCCUUAUGUCUACUAUGGAGAAGACCAGCACCUCGACCAGGUUGGUCUAUUACAGCACCUCAAAAAUGGAUGCAUGCAGGGCCAUGCACAGACCUUUCAGGGGGAAGGUGCUCAAAAUGAAAAAGCUACCUGUGUUCAGUGCUUAAUUUGUAAAUCAGGAGGUGGCGGAACAAAAAGUGAAUGCGAGAGGGGGGGUGACCUGGGGACCUCUGAGGUACCGGAGCGCGUUAGAUCUUUUUUUUUUUUACCUUUAUGAUAAGGUUUUUUAUGCAUAUCAUUGCAUUUGCGUAGUGGCAUAGAGCAGUAGAGUAGAGGCACUUAGAGAAGUUGCACACAUGGGGACCAUUUUUAGUAGCCUAGGGUCUGGGAAAUGUAGUGCCUUUUAUAAACACAUUUCAUGUAAUUCUACAUCGUUUUACAUGACUGGUGGCAGAAUCUUUUUUAAUACCGCAGAAAUGAUCUAAAUGACAGGCUACUUUGACACUGACAAAGUGAGAAUCUGAGAUCAAUAAAAAUGACCUUGUCUUGAGUCCAUCAAUAGCUUAGGCCUAGGUGUGUGGAGACGCACAUUUGCACAAUAUGAGGAGGAAAUUAUAGUCCUAUAACGGGGUGGCGAACUUGACGUCGUCACAACGACUUGGCGGCAGUGGGUUCAGGCACAGGUAGACCCCUAUCUGUGCACAUGCCUGUAUGCAUGCAUGACUGUAAGUCGCUUUGGAUAAAAACAUCUGCUAAAUGGCAUAAAUUAUAAAUGGCACCCUACUCCCUUUAUAGGGCACUACCUUUGACCAAUAGUAGUGCACUAUAAAGGGAAUAGGAUGCCAUUUGGGACGUACACAGUUUAUUAUUGCGCCCCUUGGUGAUGAGAAUAGAAAAACGAUAACCUUGCAAAAAAACAUCUCGCUCCCAAACAUGAAAUCAAACGAAAUUGUAUUUGUCACAUGCACCGAAUACAACUGGUGCAGACGUUACAGUGAAAUGUUUGCUUACGAGCCCUUCCCAACAAUGUAGAGUUCAAAAUAUAAAAUAGUAACACAAGGAAAAAAAUACACAAGAAUGGAGCUAUAUACAGGGAGUACCAGUACCAGAUCCAUGUGUAGUAAUUGGGUGCAAUGAUGCUAUAAAGGGGAUAAGGUUAAUAUAUUUGCCGUCAGUUAGCGCUAAUACUUUUAAGUCAAAAGUUACUUAGUUAAAUGGCGAACAGACAUAAACAACCACUGGUAUUUAUAGACCUGCAUGGCUGGAAUUACUUUAACCACAUUCUAGUUGUGACCCUUUGGAACAGUUGGUCCAUUAGAGGGAGACAGAUUUUCUAAUGUCACUGUCGGAGCCCCUUACAUCAGCAUGCAGACAGGAUGUAAUAAUAAUAUGCCAUUUAGCAGACGCCUUUAUCCAAAGCGACUUACAGUCAUGUGCGCAUACAUUUUUACGUAUGGGUGGUCCCGGGGAUCGAACCCACUACCCUGGCGUUACAAGCGCCGUGCUCUACCAGCUGAGCUACAGAGGACCAGGAUGUAUAUGGGAACGAAAUAAACACAUCUGUAGUAGCUUGCUACAUCUUGGCUCUUACAUCUUGGCUCUUUUUCAAUUCUCUUUUCUUGAUUCCUCGUGUCCCCCUUUUCUCCCCUCUGACCUUCUCCAAUGCAUCUUGAGAAGGAGGUGAGGAAAGAGGGCACAAGGAAUCGAGGAAAGAGACAUGAGAAAGAGGCGAAGCCCAUGUGAAUCUGACUGUGGCACAUUCAUUUAGUGAAGGAUGAAUGGAUGUGUCCCAAAUGGCACCCUAUUCCCUAUGCACCUUGGUCAAAGGUAGUGCACCACAAAGGGAAUAUGGUGCCAUUUCGGAUGCAUCCCAUGUGUGUGUAUUCUCAAAUAAAAAUGGUGUCCCUCUCCUUCUCUCGGAUUCUGCAGAAAGCCCCGGAAAGAGGAGAACUUAAGUGAGGAGGCGUUGAAGGUGAUUGCAGGGCUACCAGACCUGUCCUUCAUGCAGGCCAAGGUGCUGAUGUUCCCCACCACGCUGACCCCCCUGGACAGCUCCUCUGACCCCACACCCGACUGAUCCACCACCCCCCUCCAUUAAUGCCCUUCUCCUUAACACUGUCUGUCAUUCUAUUGCUAUAUCAUGAAGUUAUCAUUUUUGCUUCCAUGCCAUCAUUGUUUUGUUAUUUUCUCCCUUUUUAUGUUUUGUUAUUUUCCGUUGUAAUCUUUUUAAUCAAGUGAAGCAUUUACUGAUUGUCCUUGUGAGUGGAGAAUGGUUAGUCAGACCUGGACUAGGCUAAGCCUGUAAAGCGAGCUUUGUCAAUAGCAGAACAAGAGAACAUAUUAAAAUAGUUUGUUUAAUUUAUAGAUCAAGGUCCUAGAGAGAGGCCAUUUGUUUAUAAUAGGAGAAUCAAUGUGUACAUAAUCAGGGACGAAUUGCGUUGUUUUUUUGAAGGUGGUUUUUAUGUUUCUCAUUGUGGUGGGCGUGUCAAUUUUUGUCUUUGUGAGGAAAUGAAACACUGUUUGAACCUCUUCAAAGCGAGGCUCGAAUAAAGUGAAGUGGGAUAUACACUGAGUGUUCAAACCAUUAGGAACACCUUCCUAAUAUUGAGUUGCACCUCCUUUUGCCCUCAGAACAGCCUCAAUUCGUCGGGGCAUGGACUCUACAAGGUGUCGAAAG